UCAUCAUGUCGGUACAAACACAAAAGCAAAUUGGCUGUCAGGAACUCUGUGCUGUAGACUGUAGUUAGAAUAACUAUUUUGUUACAUUUUUCUUUAUUUUGUUAUCACAUGACAACGAAAGUGGAAGGCAAUACGGUAAACAACAACAGGAAGAUGGAACAGACGUUCUAUGACAACGACAGUGCCAAGAACAACGACGGCUGUAGAAUGGCUAGAAACUGGACGAUACCCAUGUCGGCCCAUCACAACGUAGGCGAACGAAGUGCCAGCAUUUGCGAGUUAAAGAAAAACAUGACGUUAGACUUUUCGGCGCCGGCUGGUAAGAAAGCCAAGCUUAAUACCGUUCUCACUUCCCCCGAUCUGAACUUGCUCAAACUUGGCUCACCAGAGCUGGAGCGAAUGAUCAUUGCCCAACACGGCAUGAUCACGACUACCCCAACACCGGGACAGCUCGUCAUGUUCCCAAAGUCCGUAUCGGAAGAGCAGGAAGUCUACGCGAAAGGCUUCGCCGACGCGCUCGCGACGCUGCAAACAAGAGAACAACGGCCCACCUCUCAGCACGGCCGCGACGACUACGGCGGCGGCACCUACUCGUCGCCGUCCUACGUCGAGUUGACAAUGUCGCCCGCACUGCCGGGGAUGGCACACGCCCGCAGCAACGGCUCCGUCGACGCCGCGUCGUCAUCAUCCCUCGGCGGCCAUGCGAUGACCUCGCCGGCCCUCUCCAGUGCACAGGUGAAGGAGGAGCCGCAGACGGUGCCCUGUCUCGGCAGAUCGCCGCCCGUCUCGCCUGUCAACAUGGCGCAGCAGGAGAAGAUAAAGCUCGAGCGGAAGCGGCUGCGGAAUCGCCUCGCGGCGAGCAAGUGCCGCCUCCGCAAGCUGGAUCGCAUCGCGCGCCUCGAGGAGAAGGUCGCGGGGCUGAAAGGACAGAACAGCAGCCUGAUGCAGACGGCGACGCAGCUGCGCGAGCAGGUGUGCCAGCUGAAGCAGGUCGUCAUGGAUCACCGACACGACGGCUGCGAGCUGAGGUGCUAGCCUGCGCUCCGCCGAGGCGCCCUCUACGUGUGCGUGUGCUUGUUCGUCGCUGCUGUGGGGUCGCGUGCUAGCCUGCUACUCGCAGGUCGAGGUAGUGAGCGCCCUCUACGUGCGUGUGCGACGGCCGUGUGUUCGUCGCUGUCGUGAGGUCGCGUGCUAGCCUGUGAUCUGCCGAGGCGGGCGAGUGAGCGCCCUCUACGUACGUGCGCAACGUCCGUGUGUUCGUCGGUGCCGUGAGGUCGCGUGCUAGCAGGCGUUCUCCGGAAUGAGAGAAAGCGAGCAAGCCGCUUCAUCCGUGUGCUACACUUGUGCCGGGGUUCGUCGCUGGUGUCGGAUCACCUGCUAGCCUGCGCUCCUUACCUGUGCUGUAGCGAGGGAAGGACGAUCGCACCUCACAGCAUGUCGUCGUCGUUGCAGUCGCUCGCCGAGAAGGUGUUGCAGCUGUGUCUCUCAUUGUUACUGUUGUGCAUGUUCGUCUCUAAGAUUGCUAACGCAAAAAGUAGCUUCUGUUUCGGGCGUGCAAAAUUCUUCCGGUGUUUUUUAGUGUAAUGGUACCUGAAGAUAGGGCAUGUAGUCAGCAUGACAUAAAUUGUUAGCUGAAGUUGGCCAACGGUUUUUGUCGUAUGAUGCAUAUCCUUCGAUUGUGGAGGAUAUUUUAUGAUAUGUGCUGCUUCUGCCAUACGUAUGUAAAUACAUUAUUAAAUAUCCCAGAGUAUUUUUGCUUCCUAGUCGGCUAUUACUACUGAAGAAGGGUAAUGUGUUAGGAGAGAGAUUGGUAUAGAUCGCUUCUCUGCCUAUCUAAGGUGUGACCUUUGUGAAACGGAAAUACUGAAACGAGUCGCAGCCUAAAAUUAAAAUGAAGUGGCCUUUCAUUUCCAUUGAAGUCGUUGGGAAUUUUGUGUACGUUAGAGGUAACUAACAAAAAGUGUUUGUUCUGUGUGGCCUUGAUCUAUUUACAGCAAAUUGGAAAUGUAGUUGCUUCCAUAAAAUCUUUCCACGUGGUACUUGUUACAGAGUUUGACGUGUGCAGAUAUACACGUGUUAUAUUUUGGAGUAACUUAGCCAGGAGCUGCGUAGCGACCAGAAAAUCGGUAAUGACACGGUGACAAGUGUAGUUGAAACUCAUAAACGAAGUAUAGCACUUUUAGGAAUUGAUGCUUUUUUGAGAGUCUGUUGUGUAAAAUCUGCUGGGUCUGCAGCAUCAGUCAUUUGGCAGUGUGCUUUUGUACUACCAUCUCUAUUCUUCUGCUCAAUGUGUCACAAUGUGCUGAUCUUUUGCGUGUUGUCGUGCCUUGCGCACAAGAGUUAUGCAAACGGUCCUCCGUACAGUGGCAGGGAAUGCAUGUUGGAGAUGCGACGGCAAUUGUCGCGUGCUCAAGUCAAUAUAGUUUUUUUUUAAUUGCUGGGACGAGUGAUGUGUGCGAAGCGUAAAUCAAGGCAGCCAUUUAGUGAGGACUACUUUCAUGGUUCAGACUUCCAUAUUAUUUUACUGUACCUCGUGGGUUUCAUGCUAUUGUGCUUUAAAGCAUGAAGUCGCAUCACACAAUUAUAAUAUGGGAACAAUGGUAUUAUCACCAUACCAGCGUGGCCUUACUCCCCCUAUUUGUAACUUGUAGAGAGGUUGACGAUCAUCCAAUAUCGAAUGCCAUUAUUGUAAUAUACAGUUUCUGCCUUGAUCUGUGCUUGCAAUAUCACAGCAAAUUGUUGUUAAAAACUCUGUAUUGUUAGAUUUAAAAAAAGCCAAAACAGCACUGGAAGUUAUUUUUUCGGGGGUUGGAAACGUUAGGCAAAAAGAAUAUUUUUGAUAAACGUUGCCGAUACACUUCUGUGCAGCGCUGCGAAAUGUGCCUUUAUAGCGUCACUGAUCGACUAAUGAUGAACACCUCGGACCCGCCUCCGUCUAUAGUAGUCUGUGUGGUGGUUGGUCGUUGGUGCUGGUGCAAUUAGUUUUGUAUGGUUAAUACGCGUGGGCAAAGCUUGUCAUUCCCUGCGUGUUCGUACUGCUCUCAUUCUUGUCGCAUGUCUCGACAGGCCAGUCAUAUCCUCUGUGUGGCGUACGUUCGCUUCAUCCACUAGGAGUUGUCGACCGGACGAGUUGCGAGAAAUCGUAUUGUCAAGUGCCAUUUCAUAUCUCUAGUGAGUGUGCUUAAUGGGGGGAGGGGGGCAAACAAAUCGUGAAUUGUUGAGAGCAGCUGCCGAUCCUCUAUGUUUCAUAAUACCUGUAUUUUCUUAUGUGUAGCGGCUAGACGUACUUGUAUUUUAUAUAUGAUUUGCGUGUACAUAUGAAGUUACUAGCAGUGUAAUGUCGUCUAGUGUUGCAAGUGUUUGUGCUGAGGAGAGAGAAAAGGAGAUCGAAGGUCGUUGUUCGGCUGCGGUUCCAUCUCUCCGAACGCCGCAGAUGUCGCCAGCAUGUUCCAUGAACAGCGGCGCGGCGAGUCCGCCACACCAGUGCCCGAUUUUCUACGUGUAGCGUGGAAGGUUUUCAUACGCGACACAUUUUUAUACGUUUUGUACGCGGAAGGAAAUUUUUUGUAAAAUUUUAUUUAUUUUCGAGUGUAGAGUACGACGUUCUAUAGCGAUUGACCGACAGUUCUUCCAUGAAUAAUUGUGAUGGAUGGUGAUUAUCAACGUAUAUCUAUGCACAUUUUGUAACACGCGUUUUGAUAUCGAGAUGUGUUAGUUAUGUAGCUGAAUAUACAUAUGAUUAUAUGCGCAUUGCACUGUAGUUUUGUGGGUUGUACAUUUGCUCUGUAGGUCGUAGUUUUAUUACAAGUUGUAGUGUAGGCAAUCUGUAUGAGCUCAUUGCCAUCAACUUAUACGGCGCUUGUAGAUAGUGGUUUAGAACCGUUCACCAUACGAGAUCGUGGGCAUUAGCAGCUCAGAUAUGUCUUUAAUAGUCGGUGCUUCGUCACUUCUCGUAUGUCAUUGACACCCACCACAAGCUAGGCUAAGCCAUGCCCCUGUGUUUUGUUUGGGCUAAGCAAUUUGUGUUUACAGUCGAGUCAACUGUUGGUCCAUGCCCUCAGAGUUGAGCACUCGCUACUCGAAUAUCACAAUGGAGGUAGUUGAGGUGCAGUGUGCAAGUGCCUUGGGCAGUCAGUAGGUGGCGCCUCUGUGUUUACUAAACGACAGUCCCUGUAGGUUGCUCCACUGUAGGUUCUAUGGUUGUGCGACUGCCUCUAGGUGUCUCCACUAUAGGUACUUAGGUUGUAAGCAUAUGUAACCAAAAUACACUUAUUUUUUACGUGUAUUAUGGAAUAUCUUUGGUUGUAAGUGCCUGUAGGUGUCUCCACUGUAGGCAGCAUAGAUUUGAGUGUUUGUUAAAGUUGUCAGUAGUGGUGGACUGGAAAUUCAUUCCAUCUAAAAUCCACCAUUUGCACACAACUUUCCCUUUUUUGUCUUACGCACUGUUCCAGUUGCAUCAUCAUUGCAGAAUUCUGAUGUAAAACGUUUUUAAUUGCCAAAACAAAAACUGAUAUUGAAAGUUUAUUUGGUAAUUUUCACAGCAUAAUAGUGGUAUUUCACAAAAUAUCAGUAGAUAUUGUUUACUUACUGCUGCAUAUUUUUACAACUAUACAUGAUCUCUGUCAAAUAUAACAGGUCAGUGUAAAACACUGAACAAUUUGUAAGUCCCCCCCCCCCAUAAUGUCCAGGUGCUUAUUUGAACAUUGACCAAUCACCUAAAUAUUUCAUUUAACUACUGCCAGGCAGAUUUGUUUAUUUGUAUGUUUUAAUACUGGUGCGGAUUGAUGCAAGUUUCGUCUGAAAUCCAGUCGGGCUACAAAUAUCCGUAAGACUUACAAGCACCCUAAGUGUGAAUGCGCAUAGGUCUCAAGUCUUGUGUUGCUCCUUUGUAGUUGCCCUGUACAUUUCUGAACCUGUAGCUCUGACACGUAUGCUCACACAGGUGCAAGGUUCGUGUGUGAUUCGUGUAUUCUUUGCGUCUGAACAACCAAUAUUUUCCUGUAGUAUUGUGACUUAGUAGUCUAGACAGAUUUAAAUACAACUCGGCUCAUAAAGCUAUUUUCUAACGCAUGGCCCGCACCCUGUAAUAUGGGUUGUAUAGUCAUAUAUAUCAAUAACUAUAUAUAUACAUCAUAUAUAUAUAUGCAUAUGCAUAUAUGUUUGUAAUAAUAUCAUGAGUGAAUGAAAUUUAAUUUUUUUUGUUUUUAUUCAGUCCUGGUAAUAUACAUGUUGAUGUAUAUGUAUAUGCGUUUGAACAUGCUUUUUAUACAUGUAUGUGUACUUGGUUUUGUGAUAUUAUAUCAUGUAACUUGUCACGAGAACUGAUAGUGAGGUUACAUUGUGUUUUUGUGUGGCGUCAUUUUAUAUCGCUGUCAAAGAGCCUUAUCAAUAUAGGCUCUUUGUCGCUGUGUCUAAAGCAAGCUUGGAAUAAUCAAGUCAGUAGUAGUGAACAGCUCA